CUAACAGGCAAAGAAGAAACUAACGAGAGGAUUACACCAAAAUCCGAGAAAACAAGGCCUCCCAAAAGAACGAAGAGAUGUACUGGAGGUGACAGCGAGAAGCGUUACAGAGCAACAUUUGACAAGUCACAGAUCUAUCAGAUGGAAAGAGUGUUUCUCCUAAACCACUACCCUGAUGUAGCGGCCAGAUCUGAACUGUCAAACAGCACUGGAUUAUCAGAAGCUCAAGUCCAGGUUAGCUCUUACUUACACAAGGCAAUUGCAGGACAAAUUUGAGUUGAAGUUUAUUGUUUAUCUUACCAACCAACUCUUUAUGACUUACGUGUAAUAUCAGCUGGAAAAAAUUCUUUAGCCGCGGUACUUUUCACCAUCAGAUAAUCCUGUUCUAUAAAUGCUGAAGUGAAAAUAGGGUCUUGCAAUUUCAAAUUGUAAUAAUCAACGGUGUGAUUUGUUUUUUACAGAUCUGGUUUCAGAACAGACGGGCAAAAUGGCGCAAACAACAAAGAAAACGUCGCCAUGAUGUACCCACCAUUUUCGGUUUAGGUUACCCGAGUCAUUUGGCUCGCUUUUGUGGAGGUUUCGAACCAUACACCCUAUUCCCAUACGAGUAUUACAACACCGACUUCUGGACAUGCGCACGACAGCAAGUAGCGGCGUUUCAAUUUGCCUCGAUGCCAAGUUCACCCACGCCACCUGCCUCGUCCAGUCCCCACGAUUCGUGCUCGCCCAAGUCCACCGACUCGGCAGCCUCCAGCUCGGAGGAGGCCCAAUGCGAGGUCGAAAAUUUGGAAAUUCGUAACGACUCAAGUCUGCUUUCACUUCGGUUGAGAGCUAAAGAACACAUUGCCACUAUGGAGCAAGAGUCUCAAGGAGUUUAG